CAACGGUAGAACGUGGUGAAGGCGAGGCCGUUUGCAACAGCGCGCUUCGGGUUGGCUGAGCUUCGUCUCCUCCGGAGACAAAGAAUUACUGCCAUGGCAACUCAAGUGCUGGGACAGUCCGGUGGGAACAGCCUCUUUCCUGGCAGUGCUAAUAUUGCUAUGGCAUUGUCCAACGAUAUGUAUGACUUACACGACCUUUCUAAGGCUGAGCUGGCAGCUCCUCAGCUUAUUAUGUUGGCAAAUGUGGCCUUGACGGGAGAAGUCAAUGGCAACUGCUGCGAUUACCUAGUUGGAGAAGAGAGGCAAAUGGCGGAACUGACAACGGUGGGGGACAGCAACUUCUCAGACAGCGAUGGAGAGGGUAUGGAAGAUACCCAGACUGCAGAGAGUGACCGCGAGGCGCCAGAAAAUGUGGAAUUAAACUCUCUUGAAGUUCCUAGUGCAGAAACCCAAGGUGCGGCUGCUUUCCCCCCUCCUAAGACUAACAGUGUGGACAAAGAUGUCUCAUUGGAAGCACCGAGUACUCCAGAAAGCACAGAGGACAAGUGUAAGAGCUUGAAGAGCAAGCCAUUUCGUUGUAAGCCUUGUCAGUACGAGGCAGAGUCAGAAGAGGAGUUUGUGCAUCACAUCAGGAUUCAUAGCGCUAAGAAAUUUUUUGUGGAAGAAAACGCCGAAAAGCAAACCCAGGUGAAGGAGUCUGAUUCUUGCACUGCAGAAGAGGUGGAUUUCUCUAAGGGUCCGAUCCGUUGCGAUCGCUGUGGCUAUAACACUAACAGAUAUGAUCACUAUCUGGCUCACUUGAAGCACCACAACAAAGCAGGGGAAAAUGAGAGAGUCUACAAGUGUACCAUAUGCACUUAUACUACCGUCAGUGAAUAUCACUGGAAGAAACACCUAAGAAAUCAUUUUCCCAGGAAAGUGUAUACUUGCUCACAAUGCUCCUAUUUUUCAGACAGGAAGAACAAUUAUAUUCAACAUAUCCGAACUCACACAGGAGAGCGACCCUAUCAGUGUGCUAUGUGUCCUUAUUCCAGCUCUCAGAAGACCCAUUUAACCAGGCACAUGCGCACCCACUCAGGUGAGAAGCCAUUCAAAUGUGAUCAGUGCAGCUACGUGGCCUCGAACCAGCACGAAGUAACUCGUCACGCACGGCAGGUUCACAACGGGCCGAAGCCUUUGACUUGCCCGCACUGUGACUACAAAACGGCCGACCGCAGCAAUUUCAAAAAGCACGUGGAGCUCCACGUCAACCCGCGCCAGUUCCUCUGCCCGGUGUGUGACUAUGCGGCGUCCAAGAAGUGCAACCUGCAGUAUCACAUCAAAUCCAGGCACCCCGAUUGUUCCGACAUCACCAUGGAUGUCUCAAAGGUGAAGCUACGGACUAAAAAGAGCGAAGCUGACUUCUCCGAGAGCGUUAGCGACAAAGCGGAGAAGGAGCAAACGAAAGGGGAUUCAGCUGCAAAGAAAGCAGAGAAAAUCGUGAAAGUGGAGAAAAAAGAUAACUUGGCAAAGGAAAAGAAGCCUGCAAACAGCGUUUCUCCAGGCCAGGUGACAACCAGAAGUCGGAAAUCGGCUUCAGAAAACAAGGAUGUGGAUAUUAAAACUGAGAAAAAUACUGAGAAAACAUGUAAACCAAAGAAGAUCAAAAGAAAGGCAGAGCCUGAAGAAACUUCCUCAAAGCAAGAGCCUGCAAAUGACGCCUCAGCAGUAACAAAAAAGAAAAAGAAGGUGGAAGCUAAACCCAGAGACCACCAGGAGGCUCAAAAAAGUGAUGCUGUCCCGGAGGAGGAGGAGCCUAAAAAGCAAAAUUCUUGCCUCAAGAAGAACAGAAAAAAGAAAGCUCUGAAAAAUAAGCACAGUAAGAAAACUAGUAAGCCUGACCAGGAGAAGACCGAGGCUGAGGACAUGGCAGACGACUGUCAUACGGCAGCGGGUGAUGGAUGUGUGACGCCUGGCACUGCCGACAGCGGCCAGAAGGAGCAAGAUCCUGCUGACGCAGCAGUUCUGAGCAGCUGCGGGGGUCGUGCUCUCAAGGGGGAGAGCACUGACCCCGAAGGCAGUUGUGUGCAAGACCCAGGGCAGCUUUGUCCACCAGCUCAGAGUGCAAAUGAGGGAGCUGAGGUAGAGGACCAAGAAAUGCCUGCUGCAGCAGGAGAGAGCAAAGACACUCUCAGUGAAAAAGAGGAGAGAAAGGAGGACAGGGAAGACGCUGCCUCUGAGGAAUCUUCCCCAACAGCAUCUUCAGAAAAAAGCUCGGAUGUGCCCAUGGAGGUGGUACCAGAUCUGGUGCCCGAGAAGGAGCCAGAGGAAACUUUCAUGGCAGAAACUGUGAGUGACUCGGACCCAACAGAUCUGCCUGAGACGUGCCUGCCAGUGACACAGCCGACGGGAGAUGCCGCCCUGGCACCUGGGCCCCCGGAAGGGUGUUCACAGAGCCCUAAAGUCCCUCUGGCCUUAUCCUCUCCGGAUAACACGGCAGGGAGUGAACCUCAGGAGAUGGAUGAGGACGAGGGCAUCCACAGCCACGAAGGCAGCGACAUAAGUGACAACAUAUCAGAAGGAAGCGAUGACUCGGGGUUAAACGGUGCACGCUCCGUACGAGAGGAAACAAAUCCAAAGAUGUCCCAGGGAGCCACAGACACCACAGCGGUCAGGGAGAACUAUGUGUGCAUCUUCUGCGACCGCUCAUUUAAAAACGAAGGGGAGUACAGCAAGCACCUCAAUCGCCACUUAGUCAAUGUGUAUUAUCUUGAGAAGGCAACAAAAGGGCAGGAGUAGAAAGAGCUGUGGUUUGGGAGAAUCUUCUUUUUGUAAUAUCUUAUACAGCUUAUGUACAGAUACUGUAGAUUUUUAAAUUUUUUUUUGUUAAGCAUGGUUUGCUUUAGUGUCUGCAUUGGUUUGGUUUUUGGUUUAGGGUUUUUGUUUUUAAAGUUGAAAAUAUUUUUGACAAGUUUUUGUGUAAUGGUGAACUCGUUAUGUAUUGGAUCUCUUCAGCAGAGAAGGCAGGUAGGGGGUGUGAGGCUGUGUCCUGUAAAGUCAGUGUAAGCUUCUAGUCUAUUAGCUUAUGCAAUUCAUUUAUAAAUUGAGUUUUAGGAACAAGACUAUAGGUAACAAUACACAAGUUGGAUAAUUUAGAGCCAUUUGCAGUAGUUGCUUUUUGUUCUAGCAGCCAACUCCUUCUCUCGCUUUCCUCUUCCCUUCCCCUCUUUUUUCUUUUUUAGUUCUUCUCUGUUUGUCUUGAUGUUCAAAGUGUUAAACUACUUGAUGGUUUUUCUACCAGGAAAAUAGCUUCUAUUACAUAAAGAGCACUUUGUAAAAGAAAUCAAAAGUUGGCUAGUGAUGAACAUAACUGUUUAAGAUAAUUGUAAUUGUGAACGUACAUUUCAGAUCCCCUAAGCGUGAAUGGUGAGCCAAAAUUUGGGAGUAGUCCUUCCAACUUUUGAUUGGAGAACCUCUGUCUUGAUUAAUAUCUUAAUGACUGUGAUAUGUAAUUGGCUUUGUUGUGGGGGAGCAAGUUUGUUAUUCUUAAUUUCUGCUUUUUUUUUUUUUUAAUUAUUGUGCUUUAAGGGCUUAAAAUAUUGCACAUUGGUUUUGAUUUUUACCUAUGCAGUUUAAUCCUUUAGGAAUAGCGCUUGUGCAGUACAUGUACACUUUAUAUAUGCAUGUUUGGUUUUGUUUGUGUAAGGGUUUUUUUUGAUUUGGAAACGUUCAGAUUCGUUGCUUACCAUAGGACAGUUUUCUGUGAUGCUCCUUACUGCAGAUUUUUCUUAUUUCCCUGCGGUAUCAGUGGUCAUGCCUGAAGUUGCUGGAGUUGUGAACUGCUUGGCUAUAGAUUUUGGACUGGCUUUAAAGUGGUAUAGUUCUUGAGCAAAAAGAGACCGAUGCAAUUUCAAAACACUAUUUUUAUAGGAUUUGUUUUGUAGUGGAAAUGCCACAUCAGGUAUUUUGGAUACAUGUACAGAGUAACAAAUUCUAAUUUAUAAUGUGGGAUCACCAGGCAGCAAAAUCUGUGCGCUCGGUGGAAAUGGUCUGCAGAUUCUGCCAAGUCCAGGGGAUUUCCUUUUUUUCCCCCCUGCUUUCAUUUCUGUGGUGGACAAUGGUCAAACUUUGGGACCUUAACAAAAAAUAAAAUAGUGGCAGCGAUAUAAAUACGAUUCAUCAACAUUUUAACAUCACACACACACCAAAAAAACCCACCCCAAAAUAAAGAUAAAUCAACUGGUAAGCAACAAACCUGGCAUUAAAAACUGUAGGAAUUCCUGCUCCUUAUUCAUUCAAGUUGCAUUUCAUAUCUCUCUGCUACCAUGCAGAGAGAAACACGUACCUGAUCAGAUUGGCAUCUCAGGGCUACAUGCCGUACCGGGAGCUUUUCCUUGUGGACAGAUGUCAUUUCUGACACACACAAACACAAGAGAGGCUGUGUGCUUACAGCUUGGAGUCGACCAGUGGCACAAUGUGACCAAACUCCAAACCAGGAGGGAAAAAGCUAGACCUUCGGGUGCCAUCCGUGCGCUCUCCCGAUUGUCAUUAGCCGCCUUUCCAGGGAAAGCAUUUUGGGGCAGCUUCUCUGGUUGGUAACUCCAAAGAAGCAAAGGUGGAGGCAGGUGUUACUUGUAGAGUGUCACUGAGGAGCUGAGACAGUAUUUGUCAGAGCACUUUAUGGCAAGUACUCUCAGUGUAUGCUCUGGAAUAAACCCUGCUCUUCUCCACGUGCCUUCACAGCAUCUUCCUCUCCAAAUAAACCCACUGCCUUGAAUGAGUAGAGAGCAACAGUGCUACAUUGCUUCUGCUUUUGGGAGAGAUUGGUAAUUGGAGGCCAAAGAUUUGAGAGGGAAGGCAUCCCUCCUGGCAGAAAUAGAUUGUAUAAUGUAUAGUGAGUUUUUGUUUGCUUAGAUAGUGUUGAAUCCUUACCUUGGCUGCGACAAUCAUUGUCAACUGAAGAUCAAGUUGCAACUAUAUUUAUAUUAAACAUUAAGAAAAUAAACUUAGUUGGAUUGUUUUCCUAAAUGAGUUGUAAUAGUCUUAGAUGUAUUUUUUUUUUCCUUCAUAAUAGUGUUUCCUUUAUAUAUCAAUGUUGCCACCAUUGUGAGCGAUGUGAGCAGGCGCUGGGAAUUCCAGUACUGUGUAGAGGUUUUAUAGCUCCUUUCAUAUCCUUGCAAAGAGCCUUUGCCAUCUUGUGAGAGACUUCAAGGACUCGAUCUGUGUUCAAAUAAACUUGUGGACUGGCCAGAUCAUUUUUCUGGUUUGUUUUUAAAAGGAAAUGGUGGUGUCUGACCUGACUUGAAAUCUCUGUCUCUGCGAUAAAAACAAAGAUGUGGUUCUCCGAGAUACUCUGCUGCACAUUUCUGUGAAGAGGUCAAGGUUUCAAUGCUCCAUCUGACAAGAGCUCUUUGAAGACAACAGUCAGCUCCUGUUCAGCACUGUUUCUUACCACAAGAUUAGAAACUGAAAAUAAGUUAUUAACGGAUUAAGAAGAACAAAAGUUGGUUCUAUCUGAGACCCGUCAACAAUGUCCUGAAAUCCCCCAUGUUGAUGCAGAACUGCGUUUGAAUUCUCUGCUCGGUUAAGGCCGAGGUUUUGGGAGUAUGUUAUGGUAAAGCAGCAAGGAUGUGAUAUGGUUAUGUGUACCUAAAAUGUUAGACAUUGCUAAUAUUAAGUAUUUGAGGGGAGGUGCAGGUCAGGUGACCCACUGUAUGUGGUGGCCUUUCAUCGCUGUAUCUCACUUUAAAUGAUUCCCUUUUUUGUGUCUUUUUUUCAAUAUUGUUAAGUUAUUUUGUGUUGUUUUUGCCAGUGCAUUUUUGUGUUUCUUGGCAAUAGUACCUGUACGAGUGUUCAGCCUCCAAUCUGUGGUUGGAAGGAUUAGCACACCGAUACCCCUACACUGCCAGCCCUCAGCUGAGCAACGUGGUGGUUUUGGCUUUUGCCGUAUCAAUCUCUACACUCAAAGCAACGGCCCUGAGAAGUGGUCUAGAAGUGGUGGGUAGCUAGGCAUUAAUAAUCCCUGCUGUUAUAAUUGCUAUUUCUGGAUUUUGAUGAUCUAGGCUGGAACUUUACCUAUUGGAAGAAGAGGAAUGUUUAACAACUGACAGGCCAGUUGAGAUAUGGUAAUGUCAUUGGUUUCAACAGAUUUAGUGUAGCUGAAAGGUAUUGAAUUCAAGAGUUUUCUUGAAUGUCAGUUGUGUAGAUAAGUGGUGUGCAUACAAUAGUAACAGAAUCCAAACAGCUAAUGGAAUUGUUUAAUUUUGUACAUAUGUUUUCCCCCUCUAAAAUUACACUAGCUAACAAACUUUUGUAAGCUGGCAUGGGAACGUGUUUCUGAUGUUUAGUUGCACCAUGUUUGAUGCUUUUACAGUGCAAUACUUGUAUUCAUUGAAUUAAACCAAAGGUAAUUUUUUUUUCAUGCUCUCUCUACUGUAGUGCAUGACGGUCUUUUCUACGUUUGUAAUAGAUGUAAAACAAGCCAGAUCAUACAUCCUGUUUUUACCUAAAACAUGUAUAAGAAGUCUUUUGUUCAAAAUGUAGUAUAAAGUUAAACUAAAUUGCAUUAUAUUAACCCUUACAAGUGUAUUUUCCUGACCAUAGUUAUGAUUAAAUAAACUUUAUUAAGGAA